GCUCCGCUCCCGCCCGGCGCGGGCGGCUCAGGAGCGGCUUCAGCACCACGGACAGAGCCCCGCCCGCGGCCUUCCAGCCUGGGGCGCGCUCUGGCACGUUUAGGCGAGCUGGCGAGCUAUGCCAGAGGCAUGGCCUGGCUCUCUGGUCCCAAGGCGCUGCUCCUCAGCUUUGGCCUCCUCGGACUGUGCUCAGGAGUCUGGGGUACAGACACAGAAGAGCGGCUGGUAGAGCAUCUUCUGGAUCCUUCCCGCUACAACAAACUCAUCCGCCCAGCCACCAAUGGCUCUGAGCUGGUGACAGUACAGCUCAUGGUGUCACUGGCCCAGCUCAUCAGUGUGCAUGAGCGGGAGCAGAUCAUGACCACCAAUGUCUGGCUGACUCAGGAGUGGGAGGAUUAUCGCCUCACCUGGAAGCCUGAGGAAUUUGACAACAUGAAGAAAGUUCGGCUCCCUUCCAAACACAUCUGGCUCCCAGAUGUGGUCCUAUACAACAAUGCCGACGGCAUGUACGAGGUGUCCUUCUAUUCCAAUGCCGUGGUCUCCUAUGAUGGCAGCAUCUUCUGGCUGCCGCCUGCCAUCUACAAGAGCGCAUGCAAGAUCGAGGUAAAGCACUUCCCGUUUGACCAGCAGAACUGCACCAUGAAGUUCCGCUCGUGGACCUACGACCGCACUGAGAUCGACCUGGUGCUCAAGAGUGAUGUGGCCAACCUGGACGACUUCACACCCAGCGGCGAGUGGGACAUAGUGGCGCUGCCCGGCCGGCGCAACGAGAACCCAGAUGACUCCACUUACGUGGACAUCACAUACGACUUCAUCAUCCGUCGCAAGCCACUCUUCUACACCAUCAAUCUCAUCAUCCCCUGCGUCCUCAUCACCUCUCUAGCCAUCCUCGUCUUCUACCUGCCGUCUGACUGCGGUGAGAAGAUGACGCUCUGCAUCUCCGUGCUGCUGGCGCUUACCGUCUUCCUGCUGCUCAUCUCUAAGAUCGUGCCGCCCACCUCCCUCGACGUUCCGCUAGUCGGCAAGUACCUCAUGUUCACUAUGGUGCUGGUCACCUUCUCCAUCGUCACCAGCGUGUGCGUGCUCAACGUGCACCACCGCUCACCCACCACGCACACCAUGGCGCCCUGGGUCAAGGUCGUCUUCCUGGAGAAGCUGCCCACGCUGCUGUUCAUGCAGCAGCCGCGCCACCGCUGCGCCCGCCAACGCCUUCGCCUGCGGCGGCGCCAGCGCGAGCGAGAGGGAACCGGCGCUCUCUUCCGCGAGGCCCUGGGGGCCGACUCCUGCACGUGCUUCGUCAACCGCGCGUCGGUGCAGGGCUUGGCUGGGGCCUUCGGCUCGGAGCCGGCGCCGGCAGCAGGCCCCGGGCGCGCCAGGGGGCCGUGUGGCUGCGGCCUCCGGGAGGCGGUGGACGGCGUGCGCUUCAUCGCAGAUCAUAUGCGGAGUGAGGAUGACGACCAGAGCGUGAGUGAGGACUGGAAGUAUGUUGCCAUGGUGAUUGACCGCCUGUUCCUUUGGAUCUUUGUCUUCGUCUGUGUCUUUGGCACAAUUGGCAUGUUCCUGCAGCCUCUCUUCCAGAACUACGCCACUGCCACCUUCCUCCACGCAGACCACUCGGCUCCCAGCUCCAAGUGAGGCCCUCUCCAGCUCCAUUGCUCCUUCAGCUCCUCUGUUGGACAAUAGUUUUGGGUGGAGGAGAGAUGAGUGAACCACCAGAAAGAGGGGUGCUGCCCCCACAGACCCAUCAUUCGCGCCACCUGGAACCCCUUCCCUCCCCUCCCCUUCUCCAACACCCAGCCAGCGCUAACCUGGAGGCUGGACCAACUGUGUGGUGCCCUGGCGGCUCUCUUCCUCUUGGACCAACUCAGGCAAUAGUGUUGCUGCUGAAGGAUGAAGGCUGAGAAGUGGAGGACAGAGUGAAGUCAUUGGCUGCCUCCAAGUCAUGGAAAAGGGCUGUGCAGGAGCAGAGGGUGGGACAGGGGCUCCGACGCUGUGCUGGCUGGCCUGAGACCAUGCAGCUCAGAAGGGAGACCCGAGGGGGAGAGGGGUCUGGGUGUGACCUGAGGUCUGUCCUCGCUUAACUGGACAGCAGCUGACUGGGUGGGCCUCACAGUGGCCAGGGGCUCCUGCUCAGAUGUUAGCCUGGCACUGAGGUCAGAGUCCUGGGGGAGACUUCUUGCCCCACAGCCCCUCAUUUCUAUGCAGCCCAGUGCUCAGCCCCAGGUCCCCUUCUCCCAGUGAAGGAUUCUCCCUAGACUUCCUUUCUUAUUCAGGCCAGGGCGUGGGGGCAAGAUUUGGUAUUAGGGGAGCCUCUGAGUUCCCAAUCUUUGGGUGACCUACUUGGAGUGUAAAGGCUAAAUUCUCAAACUGUAUGAGUUCAGGUUCACAGGCUGUUCCUCCCCCUCCUCCCCACCCCCUACCCCGCAUGCAAUUUGAACAGACUGGUUCCUGGAGUAAGUAAACUAAAGAUGUUAGCUUUCAGCAGAUCCAGCCCUUUUGCCCGCAGCAGAGCAGGCUGGGCAGGAGAGGGCUGGCUGUGGAGGCUAGCCAAGCAGGGUGUGAAUGGCCAGAGUUCUGCCACAUCAGCAUGGCUCCUGCUUCCCGUCCUUCUAUUCCUGGCUCCAUCCUUCCUGCUCUGGCUCCUCCCCUUCCUCCUCCCAACCAAACCUGAGCUAGGCUGCUGCAGAACUUGGGAAGGACAGGUCUGCACAGCGGACUGCAGAGAGCGUGCCCUGGAGACUGUAUCCUGACGCUUUUCCCAGGGGCUCCCCUGGCCUAUGAGCCUGGGAAACAGGCCUCUUAAGGGAUCAUCAGGCCCAGCUCCCAUCACAUGACCAGCUCCGAUUUGUGGUCCCAACAUGGGCUCAGCCAGCAGGUCACACAGGGGGCUGUCUGCCAAGGGCACCUAAGGCACCUGCCUGACACACCAUGCUCUUCUCUGGAGUCCCGCUGGACGCCUGCUUCUGCAGGCACCGAGGAGGUGGGGAUACGCAGCGUAAGUGCAGAGCGCCGGCCAAGGAGCGGAGUCUGGGUGCCCUGCCACUUACUCUCAGCCAUCCUCAGCAAGUCUGGCUAGGCCUCAGCUUCCUCAUCUAUAGAUUGGGCAACCCCUCUUCAUGGGGUUGCUUUGAGGAAGGCGUGAUGUCUGUGAAAAAGCCCAGCGCUGCACCUGGUGUAGAGUAGAUGCUCGGGGAAUCGUCUGAGAGGCAGGCACAGCUGGUAGGCAUGGGCUCAGCCGCCUGUUAAGUCAGUCUUCCUCCCAGACCUACCCUUACGCUGGAGGAAAUAACCCCCUGAAACAGGGCUGGGGCUGGAGAGAUGCCAUACAGGGGGUGCUGGGGUGAGCCUAACAGCCUUCUGGAGCCCCUUCAGCAAAGAUUUGUUCCAUUCCUGGGCUGAGCUCUGGCUCUGGCCUCCUGAUGCAGGUGUGUGCUCAGGUCCCCGGAGAUCUAGUCCCGUGCUGGCUGUGGAGGAACCAUCCAGACGUUAAACCAGCAGCUGCAUGAGGUGUGCAUCUC